AGUCAACUCUUUACGCUAUACCAACAGCCCCCUUCAAACCGCAAACUACGUCAACCAACAAAGUAACUAACAACAAAAAGAGAGAUCUUUUGAUAAAAAAUAAAUUUUCGGACAAAAAAUUAAAAAGACAAAUUGAUGAAAAAAAAAGACAAAAAAGGAAACUAAGGGAGAGAAUUUUGUUAAGAAAUUAGAAUAUUUGUAAUGUCAAUGCACUGAACGAGACAAACAAAAAAAAGGAAAAAAGAAAAAAGACAUGCAGGUCACGAAUUGAGUUUUCUUGCAGCACUUGUUGACUCUCUCAUCAGAGAAGAAGAACCCUUAGUGAAUGAUAAUUCAAAUUUUCCAGGGGCAAAGUCCCAUCUUGAAAUGGGAUCCUCAGAUGAAACAGCAGUGCUUCAACUUGAGGAAGAGAACCUUGUCAGAUUAGAGCAUUUCGAUAGAAAGACAUCUUCUUUGGGCACCGCUCCUAAAAGAUCUUCUUAUGAUCUCGAAGCAGAUGAUGACAGUCAUAAAAGCAUACUGUAUAGCAUACAAAGGAACAUUAAGAUUGUUUUUUUCUCCAACAAGUUAAACAUACUUGUACCUUGUGGUCCUUUAGCCAUACUUGUCAAUGAGUUAACCGAUCAUCACGGAUGGACCUUCAUACUUAGCUUAUUAGGCAUCAUUCCGCUUGCAGAGCGUUUAGGUUGGGCCACAGAGCAGCUGGCUUUUUAUACUGGACCUACAGUGGGAGGACUUUUAAAUGCCACUUUUGGAAAUGCGACAGAGUUAAUAAUAUCAAUGUAUGCUCUGAAAAGUGGCAUGAUUCGUGUAGUGCAGCAGUCACUAUUGGGCUCAAUUCUUUCUAAUACUUUACUAGUGCUCGGAUGUGCAUUUUUUGGCGGUGGAAUUGCUAAUUCUAACAAGGAGCAGGUUUUCAACAAGGGAACUGCAGGGAUGAAUUCGGGGUUGCUUUUAAUGGCAGUUAUGUGCUUGUUGUUCCCUGCUGUCCUCCACGUUACGCACACUGAAGCUCAUUUUGGGAAGUCAGAGUUGGCGCUUUCCAGAUUUAGCAGCUGCAUUAUGCUUUUUGCAUAUGGAGCAUAUCUAUUUUUUCAGUUGACAAACCAAAAGAAUCUUUACAUGCCAAUGGCCGAGGAAGAAGAUCAGAUUGAUGGGAGUUCAGAUGAUGAAGAAGCUCCGGAGAUAUCUAAAUGGUGGUCAAUCCUAUGGCUGUCUGUUAUGACACUAUGGAUAGCAGUCCUGUCAGAGUACCUAGUUAAUACCAUAGAGGGGGCGUCCGUUGCAAUGAAUAUUCCUGUAGCAUUUAUAAGUGUGAUAGUGCUUCCCAUUGUUGGAAACGCUGCGGAGCAUGCCGGAGCUGUCAUGUUUGCUUGCAGAGACAAGCUUGACAUAUCUUUGGGAGUGGCAAUAGGUUCAUCAACACAGAUAGCCAUGUUUGGGAUCCCGUUCUGUGUUGUAGUUGGAUGGAUAAUAGGCUCACCGAUGAACUUGGACUUCCAAAUGUUUGAAACAGCCACACUUUUUAUGACUGUCCUUGUAGUAGCUUUCAUGGUGCAGGACGGGACUUCUAAUUACUUUAAAGGGUUGAUGCUCCUUUUCUGCUAUUUUAUAGUUGCUGCAAGUUUCUAUGUACAUAUAGAUCCGGAGUCUAUACAGGACAAGCCCCAAAAACAUAUAGGAUAAACGAGUAAUUUCAUGUUAAAGCUGAAGGCCCGAUGAAUAGUUGCUUGAGAUGAAGAGCACCUCGUUGCCAACCGUAAGCAGUGAUCUUGAUAAAGAAUUCAUCUAUCUGCUAGCUCAAGGUUCAGUUUUUCUCCAUAAGUUUAGUUGAGCAGCCUCUUGUUUCAGCAAAUUUGAUAUUCAUGGUCGUGUCAAUAGGUCUAUGGUAUUGUAGAUGUUGAAUUCUUUUUUCGCCUCUAAAAUGGCUGGAUGUAAGUAGUAUCAAGUUAGAAUGUAAGCAAAAUGUAAGGUUCAUUUUUUCUUACCAUUGCUAAAAGCAGGAUGUAUUAUUUUUGUUAUCCUGGAGCAGAAUGAUAUUUGUGAUAUCUGCAACCAAAUAUUUGCAUGGUGGACGAAAUCAUUUGUUGUUCAUGUGUCACAUAAACAAGAUAUUGAAGACCUUAUUUACAUCCAAAAACUUAACAUAGAAAUUAUCACCUCUAGAAUCAUAGACUAACAUUUUGUCAAGAAAAAUAAAAUCUGUAGUCCUUAAGAAAAUCGAAAG